AUGCACUUGAUCAGAAAAGGUUCUCUGACGUCAUGUGAGGAAGAACUGCGAGAGUUAAUGCGGCAAAUUGAUCUAAUGGUAUCUGCUAAGAAAGCAGAAUGGGAAACUCAUGUGCAUGCUGUUCAAAUACAACUGGACAAGAAAACCAAAGAGGUGGAAUUUGUUAAAGUCCAAUUGGAGCAGAAGUGUCAGGAGAUCGGUGGGCUUCAACAGAAAGUGGAUGAAAUGGACAUAACUCAAAGAGAUCUGGUGGCUGAGUAUGAAGAACAUGUUAUGCAUCUCAAACAAGAGGAAUACAGAGCCGAGAUGCAUGAGUUGGAAGGUGGAAAGAAAGCAAGAGAUGAUCGCAUCCGAGGGCUGGAGAGUCAGAAGAAAGCUUUGAUCGAGAAGAGUGAUUUGAUGCAGCAACAGUUACUAGGAUACCAAGCACAGCUGAACAAGAGAAGACAGAUGAUGGAAGACCUUGAGCGUGACCAUCAACAAGAGAUGGCUGCGCUGCAUUCCCAGCUUGGACGUGCUAAAGGUGAAUGUGACGAUUCUGAGGAUACUGUUCAGCAGUUGAAGAGUUCAUUAGAGGAAGCUCUUGCAUCCAAUAGAGAACAAGCCUCUGAUAUUGCCAAGGUGCAAGACGAACUCAGGAAGACACGAUCAUCUCUUCAGCGUCUUGAGGAAGAAAAUGCCCAUCUGCGGUUAGAACUACAAUCAAGAGAUGAUCUCAUAAGAGCAGCAGAGGACGACCAAAGGCAGCACUCAGAGGACAUGUCUAAAAUGGAAGAGAGUUUGAUAAUGAAAGAUGAGAUCAUCAGACAACUUGAAGAGGUGGGCAAGCGAACAGAAAAUAUUGAGGUCAGGAGACUGAAGGAAGAUCUCAGAACAAGCAGGAUGGAAAUACAGUCGCAUCUUGACGCCAGUCAAUAUCAGAAGGAUGAGCUGAGUCACCUUAAUCAAAAACUGGAAAAUAGCAAGAAUGAAAUUUCAAAGCUACAAGCUGAACUCUGCAGGAAGCAAGAAGAGGUGAAAUUCAUUCAGGACAACGACGUAAAACAGCUCCUUUUGGAAAAUUCAAAGAAUAAAAUAUCCUUCUUGCAGAUGCCUAGCAGCCUUCUUGUGGUUUAUGUCAAUUUGUUUAUUCUUAGGGACUCUGCAAUGGCAUCCAUUACGGAACGGGCUCAACGAAUGGAAAAAGAACUUCGAGAAACCGCAGCUAAACACGACAGAGCAGCUGCUGAACUACAGGUUACGAACGCGCAGCUAGAAGCUUUGCGAAUUGAAAACAGACAUUUGCGCGACACUGCACUUAAUGAUCAGUUAACGGAUUUAUCUGACCUUUACAGUGGCAAUCUGCAGCUCAUUGGCCAACUUGAGGACGAUAACAGAAACUUACGUACAGAGGUAGCCACGCUCCGCGAAGAGCUUACAACUUUGGAGGCUAAAUAUCAAGACAAGUAUCGGAACGCUUUGAAAAAGAAUCAAGAUGUACUGGCGGACAUCAAGGAUAACGAGUUCAGACGCCAUAGCGAGCUGCAGUCAGAGUCUGAGCGUAAAGUGGCAUCUUUAGAGGGUCGCCUUGAAGCUACGAUAAGAAAAUAUGAAACGCAACUACACAGUUUGCAAAUGGAAAACGAACGACUGAAAAGUGAGGCAUCGGAGCAUCGAGACAGUGGUGUACCACAUCCUUUAAUGUCCUCAACCAGCAAGGUCCUCCCUGAAUAUGUCCCUAGAAGGCCCGUUGAUUUAAGUCACACUAGCACCACAAGCGGUUACACAGACACCGAAGCGUUGACGUACGCUGACCUGACUGCAGGCCCAGGUCCUUCAGAUACCGAGCGUGCGGCCACCCCGGUUGGUGCCAGGCGAUCCUCUAUUACAUCGGAUUUCUUGGCGGAGGAAAAUCGGCGGGAGAAAGAACUGGAACGAAUUCUGGACAGACGAAUAGCAGACUUGAAAACAAACACAGAAUAUAUUCUACAGAAAUACACGUGACAGUGGAAGGCAUCGAGUCAUCAGGUAGCUGUUCUAGGCUUCAAGAACGAAAAAGGGAAAAAUUCUUGAGAUGAAUUUUUAGAAAUGAGAUGAGCAUCAAACGUUUUGAGUUUUCCAUGAAAAGGGAGUUACACGGAUUGAAUGAAGAAAAAGGAAAAAAAUCAGCGUUGUCUGGAUGUGUUUCAUGCACCGCUUUGGAGAUUCAAAAACGCUCACUUUCGAAAUGAAGUUGUGUGCAAAUUGUUUUGUUUUUCUUUUUCCUUCGUAAUAACCUAAUCCAUCGCAAGAUUAUCCCU